CAUAGCUCGUAUCUCAGUGAUGCAUUGACAAAUUAAUUUGAAACUUGGUAAAUAGAUGAGGGACCCCCUUCUGAGGACGCUUACAAGUAUGGUUAUAUGUAACUACCAAAGGGCACUAACUGUGCUGCACAACCCCUGCUGCCUGCAGUUUAUUCAAAAUGAUCCAACUCAGCAUUGCUAGUUGUAACACAUAAAAGUUUUUUUUAACAGAUCCCUCUUUCCAACAAAGAGAGGGGUGCACGUUACCGUGCAAAGAUAAAGGCAGAUCCUGCUGCAAGGCAGGCGAGACUAGAAAAGAGAAGGCAAAGGCAUCAUCAGCGGAAGCAAGCUGGGCAAUAUGACUAUCUGUCCAUCAAAGCAUUGACAGCAUCUGCAGCAGCAAAAAGGAGAGAACAAUGGAGGUUGAAUCAGAGACUACGUAGGGAAGCUGUGAUGAACCUCAUACCAGUGUCUGAGGACUCUCUGGUGGAGCCUGCACAGCCUGACCUUCCUGAGCCACAUCUGCGCCCCUCACCUCCUGCACCAGGGCCAUCCCUGCGCUCCUCACCUCCUGCACCAGGGCCAUCCCUGCGCCCCUCACCUCCUGCACCAGGGCCAUCCCUGCGCCCCUCACCUCCUGCACCAGGGCCAUCCCUGCGCCCCUCACCUCCUGCACCACGGCCAAUCUCAUCCUCAACACCUGAUAAGGUUUCAGAGGCAACAAAGAAACAAGCCUCCAGCCGCCGAAGUGACCAUCGCAUUCGGAAACUGAAGGAGGAAAUGGAACGACUGAAAAAAGGCCUUCUGAGAGAAAAAAGAAGGGCGGAUAGAUUCCGCAAAACAUUACAAAGACUGAGGAAUCCAAAAUCCAAAGCAACAAGUAAAAUUAACAAGUUAAAGAGUGUCAGAAAAGCUGCAGCAACAAGACAAAGUGUUGUGGAAUUUCUCACCCGUGAUGAAAACAGUCGUCUCCUACCAGGUAAAAAGGACACGGUCACUCAGAAUAAGGUCAGGAAACAGCGUCGUGUUCUUACCAAGUCUCUCAAAGAGCUGUACAAAGAGUACAAGUCAAACUUAGGAAGUGAACACACUAUAUCCUACAGGCAGUUUGGGCGUCUUCGCCCAUUUUAUGUCACGGAGCCUAAAGCUAGUGACCGCAACACAUGUGCUUGCUUCGAUCAUGAGAAUGUGAAGCUUCUUCUGGACAGAAUUCAUCAGAGUGGAUUUAUAGGGAGUAAAAGCAUUUCCGAUGCACUCGUCCAAAUUGUGUGUGAUGUAAAAAAAAAAAAAUGCAUGUUCAGGCAGUGUGCAAAGUGUUGCUAUUCUGAGAUAGAAUUAGCCAUCCCACAAAAUACUGGACUGGUUACAUGGCACCAGUGGCAGAGGGAGAGGGUCUGCUCAGAGGGAAAGACCUUUCCCCAUUUUGUGAAGAGAGCUUUGACAGGAAAAUGGGAGGAUCUCCUGAAAAGCUUUAAUGAAAAACUCGAUGCACUGGCAAAGCACCAAUACAUAUGGAUAUAUCAAGUGGAACAGUGUAGAGCCCUCAAAAACAGCCUCCAAGACCAUGAGGCUGUAGUCCACAUGGACUUUUCAGAGAAUUAUGCCUGCAAGUUGAAUGUUGAGGUUCAGUCUUUUCAUUAUGGGGGCAUGAUGAACGGGCAGUAUGGGCACAUCUGA